AUUUCUUAUCAAAGAAAUGAGUGAAAUAUGGUUGCCUUUUAUAUUAUGAGUCCAUAGUUAUUUAUAUUUGACAUUUUCGUCGUUUAUAUAUGAGAUCGGUUGGAGUAGUGGUGUCUUUGUGUGUUUAGUCCGAUUAUGACUCGUUAAUAUAUUUCGAAUUUUAUUAUAUUUGGUCGCUGGUUCCCACACUAAAACUAAAGAUUUAAAAACUAUACCCAAAUUUGUUUUUGAAAAUCUAUCCCCAGCACUGAUAUUAGUCGCGCACAGCAACGACUAAUAUAACAUACACCCAUCAUGAAUUUGAAUAGUCUGACCAAAAUCCGACGGUUGAUCCCGCAAUUAUCCACCGCUAGCAGUGUCGUCGUAUUGGUGUUAUUAAUCGCCACCAGCGUUUUCUACUUCAUAUGUUAUUCCAACAUGUUUUAUGAGCAGAGGUUCCAAUCUAUUAGGAAUGUGAUGGCAGAUGGCAGCAACAAUGAUACUGUCAAACUUUCAUGUGACAACAAGUAUCUGAAUAAAACGAUCGAUUUUCUAUACCAAGAGAAACAAAUUCUAGAAGGGAAAAUAAAUGUUUGCCAAAACGAGAUACUAAGCCUGAAAAAAACAUUGCAAAAUGAGAAAGAAAAGGAAAUUCUUAUAAAAGCCAACAACAACGCUUCAACUACAGUUUCACUCGAUCGAAAGUUAUUCAAUUACAUGGCGACACAUUUGCGGAACACGCCCUACCCAGGAGCGGAAAACUACACCCGGUACACGGUGGCACGCCUAGGCAUGUUGCCAUUGGCCGGAAUCGAACCACUCAAACCGGAAUACGGUCCCGUGAUUAAUAAUUUUACGUCGUUUCGGUAUCCCAUCACCAUUUCGCCGUGUCAAAAAGUGAAAACAGAUUAUCCAAGUGUUUUUAUCGCUGUCGUAUCGGCCCCGGAUAAUUUCGAGAAGCGAAACAUAAUCCGACAGACGUGGCGAACUCAUUUCAAUCUCGACAAUCACAGCACCCAAAAUAAAUUAUUGAUGAACAUUACCGGAUUCGCUUUCAUUUUAGGAUUGGCCGACAAAAAUGUAACGCAAAUCAAAAUCGAAGAAGAAAGCAAAACUCACAAAGACAUCCUUCAAAUUGAAAUCCCUGACAUCUACUAUAGAUUGGCUGUCAAAGUGGCUGGCCUUUUCAAUUGGCUGCACAGAUACUGCGCACAAAUUGAUUUUCUACUGAAGGUGGACGACGAUGUCUACGUCAAUGUGCGCAAUCUAGCUCAUUUCGUUAACGAGCAGAAGGUUCAACUGUCCAUCAAUCAAUCGUUGUUCGGUUCCUACAUUGGUUACGGUAGAGACUACAUUCCUGACCGCGGAAAACAUUUGAUGUCAUACGAGGAGUGGCCAUGGACUAGAUUUCCUCGUUUUUUUAAUGGGCCGGGUGUGGUCAUUUCCGGGAAUUCAAUUCUUUCGUUAUUGGCUGCUAUGCAAACGACGCCUAUAAUGACGUCUGAUGACGUUUAUUACAUCGGUAUUUGUACAGAAAAAACGAACAUCACUCUUCAUUUUUCUUCCAAAUCGACCAGGAUAUAUGCCAUUUAUUCUUCCAACAGCGUCUUCUCGAUGGAAUGCCCCGACUUAUCCCGACCCUGCAAUCUCCGUCUUUUUGUUUCAUGGCUGACUUCUUCGGGCAGUUUAAUGAAUCAGUCUCACGUGGCUAUUGAAGACUUUUAUCAAAAUAAAACCCAAUGCGUCGUCAGCAGCACCGGAUCAAACGGUACCAAUACGACAAUCAACCCAAAUGAACCCGUUCAUUUUGACUUUGAUCCGUAUUUUCACCCAUCCGUUUAGCCACAGCGCAAUCAAGUGAUAUGGGAAAAUACAUUGUUGGUUAACAGAUA